GGACAUUUUUAGCGAACUGUGUAGAUGCUGAAAACAGCCGACGCCUUUUAUCAUUGUAAAAACAACAUACUUGAACAAAAGGGCCGGAUCGAGGAACGGGAAUGCAGACGCGCUGUCCCGACGCGACCAAGACGGUGCGUCUGGCGCCCGACCCUCCGGUUCGGUCCUGGGGGAAGGUAUGUGGACGGACCACUAGAGGGCAGGCUGGGCUCAUGGAUAGUUGCCCAACAGAGCCUGGGAGACAAGCAGGUGAGAUGGCAGUGAGGCAAAGGAUCUUUAACUCGACCAGACCGUUCUCAGGGUCACCCCAAAUAGAGCUGAAGGGGUCUUACCCAAGCCUCCCCAGCCCAGAAGACAGGACGAGUGACGAGGAGGGGAAGGAGAGCAAAGGGGACUUCAUGCCUUGUUUAAAACCCAGAAUAAUUAAAGUCCUGACGAAGGGCACAGCAGAACAAGUGGGUGAAGCAGGUCCACUGAACUAUCAGAAGAACUCGUUCAUAGCCCAGGCUGAAUGUGAAACUCAAGACUCCCAGCAGUUCAGCCCUUCCUGCUCUGAACGCUCCUUUGUCGCGUCCCCCAACUGCUUAAUCAACCGGGACUCAUCAGAGCACAACAAUGUGGCGUGUUCCACCGCAGCCUCCAACCAGGACCAACCAGGACCAACCAGGACCAACCAGGACCAACCAGGCUCCCCGGCCCACCGCUCACCCAGGAAGAAGCCAAGGAAGAAACAGAAGAGGAAGGAGAAGAAAGAGGAGCAGAGGGAGACAGGGAAGCAGAGACAGAGACGUAGGGUACCUUCUGGUGUCCCUGAGCAGGAGACCCAGACUGGCAGUUCUCCUCAACUGAUCCAGACCCAGCAGGACGCUUCAGAGCACCAAAGUAACAUCAGCACUUCAUACAGUAGCAGUAUCCCGAGUUUAGAGGCGCAUGACACAAGACGCCCCCCUUACCCCCUCCAGGACUGCAACAGGGGCCCCAGCCAUUCCCACCUCUACUGGGGCCCCCAGGUGUUUAGCCCCCCCUCCAACCUUUCCACCUAUGGGCAGGAGAGUGACUCAGACUCUCCUCUCAGCAGUGUGGGAGACUGUUCAUUAGCCCUAGCAGGGCUCAGGGGCAGUGUCAGUCAGGAGGACCGAUGCUACGCAGGUCCCUUCUGCAAAGACGUGGAAAGAGAUGUCAGGGAGAAGGAGGGAGAAGUCUCAGAGACUGACACCAACGAGGGCCUGAUCUUCAAUAAGAAUAUUCAGCCUGUGAAUUAUGAGUACAGGGAGGGGAAGGACUACAGCCUCUGCAAGUCUAUCAACACAGGGUCAUACGGGGAAGUGCACAGUGUGCAAGACAACAGAACACACUUCAGAUUUGGCGCCAAAAAGAUUCUCCUGAAGAGUUUUAGUAGUGAGGAAGUGGGUACGUGGAGUGCCCUGAAGUCUCCUCGCGUGGUGGAACUCUUCGGAGUGAUCAGAGAGGGGCCCUACGUCGUCCUCUUCAUGGACCUCAAAGCUGGCUCUGUGGGUCAGCUUAUUAAAGAGAGGGGUCGGCUACCUGAGGACCUGGCCCUGCACUACCACUGUCAGGUCCUUGAGGCGCUGGAACACUUGCUGAAGAGACGAGUGCUGCAUCUGGACAUAAAGGCGGACAAUGUGUUGCUGUCAGAGGAUGGGAGGGACACUUUUCUGUGUGACUUUGGACAAUCGGAGAGAAUGGACAUCGGUGGACAGAGCUUAAGUGCAUCCCAAGGAGAUCUGAAGGGGACAGAGACACACAUGGCCCCGGAGAUUGUGAAAGGGGAAACCUGCCGCGGAGCCAAAGCAGACGUGUGGAGCAGCUGCUGCAUGUUACUGCACAUGCUCAAUGGCUGCCAGCCCUGGACACGAUACUACUCCCGCCCACUGUACUUCAAGAUAGCCAAUGAACCACCGCCUCUGAGGGAGAUCCCGCCCGAUUGCAGUCCCUUCACUGCUGAUGUCAUAAAGGUGGGACUACAGAAGGAGCCCACCAAGAGGGCCUCCGCCUCGGAGCUCAAGGGAAGAGCAGCCAGAGCUCUGAGAGAAGUGGGAGGACUCAGCAGCCCCAUUAGAGGGUCCUAUAAGGAGCCCCUACAGAUAGAUGACAGCCCCAGCCAAUCUAGCCAGCCCUGGCCACCCUUUAGCAGAGACACCUGCUCUGAGGAGAGCCCUGAGCUAUGGCUGGAAUCCAUGAACCCAGGGAGCAGGGAGCUGAACAAUGAUGAGGAGGAGGAAGGCAGUGAGGCAGACACAGAGGAGACAGCCUCACCUCGCUCUCUACUGACACAACUCCAUGAAUGGCAAAAUCCCAAGAUGGCCGACGUCACCUCCAACGUAUCGGAGCUUGAACUGCGCAAGCUGGAGAGAGAGUUCUACCUGACCAGUCUGUCUCAGCUGCACUCAGCAGAAACCCAGGAGCAGCUACUGUCCUGCCUGAGCAGCAGUGACUGUUACUCCAACAGGGACUUAUGGGACAGAAAGGACUCUGGCCGUUGGUCCAUCAGCCCAGGUGACGACCUCAGCUCUGGUGUGUUCUCCUACAACAGCCAACCGGACGGACAGAUUCUCAGUAUGGACUGGCUGGUUCACCAAAGCCACCUGUCUCCACCCCGAUGCUUUGAGGGAGUUGACGUCUGCAUCACGGGCGUAAAUGGGCAAAGCAUCCGGAUACGAGAGAAACGCAGGGUGAAGGUGGGCCACAUCGCCACGGGGAUCAGCGACCAGAUCUCUGAGAGGGUGUUCACCAUGGAGACUCAGGAGCGGGAGCCAGUGGCCCAUGAUGAGGAGGUGCAGGACUCUGGCCUCCUGCUCCGCUGUGUCCCUGCUCCUGACUACUGCCAGGCCUGGAGAUGGAGGGUCAAGGAGGGGGUGCUGGAGACUCGUGACUGAGUCAUUAACUCCCCCCACUCAUCGAUAGCAGUCUCAUCAAGCAUCAGGACUGUGAACUCACUCUUGUACGCCUGUCUCAGUAUAUCCAGCUUUUUAUCAAACUGUGUGUUAUGUCUAAUCCUUGUAAGAAUCGUACCCUUUUUUUCAAUUUUUGCCUAAAAUGACAUUCCCAAAUCUAACUGCCUGUAGCUCGGGACCUGAAGCAAGGAUAUGCAUAUUCUGGAUACCAAUUGAAAUGAAACACUUUGAAGUUUUUGGAAAUGUGAAAUUAAUGUAGGAGAAUAUUAACAGCAAACUCUAGAACCCAGUUCUGACAUUGGAGUAUAAAAAUGUAUUUUUUCAAACAAAACUAUGCUCAAUUUUAUCUCUGGGACCCUCAUGACAAAUCAGAGCAAGAUUACUGAAUGUAAGUACAUUAUUUACCUUCUGAGGUGAAUGUAUGAAACCAGUUGCCAUAAGUGUUUUGUUGUUGUGCAAUCUCAAACAAUAGAAUGGUAUUUUUUCACUGUAAUAUCUACUGUAAAUCGGACAGCGCAGUUAGAUUAACAAGAAUUUAAGGUUUCUGCACAUAUAAGUGUUUGUCCCUGGAUAGUUGGAUGUUACUUACGUCAUUCUAGGUACGUUAGCAGGACACCAAUCCCGUAGAGGAUAAAGGGACAAAUGUCAUGCGUUUCUUAUAAAUGGAUAUCCCUGUAUAUUACAGGAGCACACACACACACGUGUGGUGUUAGUAUUCUCUUUAGAGAAAAUGGUUCAUGUGAAUAAGCUACAACUGCCUUUUCUCAAAGUAAGGUAUGGAAAGUCCAAUACUGUAAACCUAGCAUAAUUUUAUACACCAAAAACGACAGCCCUUUUCUAGAUUUCGCUAGAGCACACCCAACAACAGCACUCAGCCAAUAAGAUGUGCACAGGGCUGAGAUGUUAACCUUACAGUAACAUGGAAUCAUGUCAUGAAAUAAAAGCUGUACUCUGGAGUAA